AACGUGUUUAUUUAAAAAAUAUUCAAUAAACUUUCCAAUGAAUUUCGAAAUAAACACCAGAUAUGAUCUCAUAGUCCACAAUCUCAGUCUUUAGAUAAUUUACCAAAGAAUAGUGAAUACAAUCUUUAAAUCUCAUCACAAACAUUUGAGGUUAAACUUUGAAGGUUAUGCUCAGAAAGAUGACAGAAAUCGACGUGAAACAAUGUCUGAAGGCAGUUCUCACAAAAGUCGAACAGGCGUGCCAAAGACGGCCCGCGGAACUACAAUAUGUACAACCCAACCUUGUUGCUGUCAGUAAAACGAAGCCAGUAGAUUUGAUUGUCCAGGCCUAUGAAGCCGGUCAGAGACACUUUGGAGAGAACUACGUACAAGAACUAGAAGAAAAAUCAACUAAUCCCAUAAUUUUAGAAAAAUGUAAGGAGAUUAAGUGGCACUUUAUUGGUCACUUGCAAAGUAAUAAAGUUAAUAAGGUGUUGGGUUCACCAAAUAUUUAUUUAAUAGAGACGGUGGAUAGUGAGAAAUUGGCUACUAUUUUAAAUAAAAGUUGGCCGAAAUUUGGACCACCUGAGUCUAAAUUGAACAUCAUGAUUCAAGUGAACACAAGUGGAGAGGAUGAAAAAAACGGCGCUCCACCUAGCGAUGUCAUCAAGUUAACAAAUUACGUUUUAAAAGAAUGUCCAAAUUUGCAUCUAGAGGGUUUAAUGACUAUCGGACGGUUUGGCUAUGACCCUAAAGAUGGCCCAAACCCCGAUUUUGUUUGUCUGAAAAAUUGUAGAGAUGAGGUUUGUCAGAGUUUAGGUCUUGAUUGGAAGAAGGUUCAUUUAUCAAUGGGAAUGUCAACUGAUUAUGAGCAAGCUAUUGAAUUAGGUAGCACUAAUGUGCGAGUUGGAUCUUCUAUUUUUGGAGAGAGAACUAAAAAAGAAUAAAAAUAGGUAAAAUUGUUAGCUGCUAGGAGGAAUUAAAAAUAGAUUUUGUAAAUUGGAGAUUGCGGUUAUAAAAUACUGAAUAAAUACCACAACUAUGGCA